UCGCCACCUCGCGCCGGGACCGGGAGCGCCGCUGCAGGCACAGGCCGGGGAGAGGGCGCUGCGCUCGGGCUGCCCAAUGCUUGGACUAUCUGCCACCGCUGCCCGUGCAAUAUGCUGGAGCUCCAGAACAGCUAAACGGAGUCGCCACACCGCUGCUUGGGCUGGAUCGCAGCGCUGCCUUUCCUUAUGAAGAAGACACAAACUUGGAUUAUCACUUGCAUUUAUCUUCAACUGCUCCUAUUUAAUCCUCUCGUCAAAACUAAAGAGAUCUGCGGGAAUCCUGUGACUGAUAAUGUAAAAGACAUCACAAAAUUGGUAGCAAAUCUUCCAAAAGAUUAUCUGAUAACCCUGAACUAUGUCACCGGGAUGGAUGUUUUGCCUAGUCAUUGUUGGUUACGCCAGAUGGUAAUACAGUUGUCAGUCAGCUUGACUAAUCUCCUGGACAAGUUUUCAAAUAUUUCUGAAGGUUUAAGCAAUUACUCUAUCAUAGACAAACUUGGCAAGAUAGUUGAUGACCUUGUGGACUGCAUGGAAACCUCCUUUAAGAAUGUGAAAGAAUCAUCUAAGAGGCCCGAACCCAGACUCUUUACUCCUGAAGAAUUCUUUAGAAUUUUUAAUAGAUCCAUCGAUGCCUUCAAAGACUUCAUGGUGGCCUCUGAAACUAGUGAUUGUGUGAUUUCUUCAACACUAAGUACAGAGAAAGAUUCCAGAGUCAGUGUCACAAAACCAUUUAUGUUACCCCCUGUUGCAGCCAGCUCCCUUAAGAAUGACAGCAGUAGCAGUAAUAGCAAGGCCGCAGAUUCUGUUGGCGACCCCAGCCUGCAGUGGGCAGCCAUGGCUCUGCCCGCUUUCUUUUCUCUUGUAAUUGGCUUUGCUUUCGGAGCCUUAUACUGGAAGAAGAAACAACCAAAUCUUACAAGAGCAGGUGAAAAUAUACAGAUUAAUGAAGAAGAUAAUGAGAUAAGUAUGUUGCAAGAAAAAGAGAGAGAGUUUCAGGAAGUGUAAUUGUGGCUUAUAUCAACACUGUUACCUUCGUGCAUUGGCUGGUAACAGUUCAUGUUUGCUUCAUAAAUGAAGCAGCUUUAAACCAAUUCCUAUUCUGUCGGAAGCGACAGACCUCAUCUUUAUGUGUUCCUGCUACCCAUGACUUCAUAUGGAUGAUUCAGAACUUGGAACAGAGUGUUUUACUGUGAAACUGGCACUGAAUUAAUCAUCUAUAAAGAAGAACUUGCAUGGAACAGCACUCUAUUCUAAAGACCAGAGGGUCCUGUGGUCUCAUUCAGAACUUGCAAGUGAUGGCGGUAGAGGAAGCACGUGUCCCAGUUUGCACGCACCAUUUGCAUGGCUCCAGAGAUGUCUUACAUGCUGAGAAAACACACAGCUUUACUCUUCAGUUACAAUCUGCAGCCUGUAGUUACCCCAGUCUGUGCAAGUAGGUUUCAGCCUGGCUAGUGAAGGGAACAACUUUUUCUCAAAGAGAUCUAGAAAACAAUACGGAAAAACAAAAAGUCAGUAGCAACAGCCUCUGUGUAGUGUGGGAAGCAGUGGGAACUUAGUGGUGGGUGCAGGGGUGUCAGCGUGGUGGUUGCUGCUUAAUGAGAGGAGUCCAACCUUGAUCUCUUCCUGACAUAGACCAGGCAUGUGCAUAUGCCGCUGGAGAAAUGGACGUGGUUGGAAGAUUUGGUCUAUGCAGGAGAGUCUGUACUGAAUUAGAAGAGCCACACCUCAGUUUAGGGAAGCCUUUCCAAAAGAGUCAUCACAGGAGGAAGCUGUGAACCCUGACCGGCAGUAUGUCUCAAGGAGGAUAUUUGACGUCCCUGGCAAAGUCAGCCUUUUGCCGUGGCUACUCUAGAGUGUAUAAAUUGUGUUUGCAAAUUAUAUUAGGACAUGUUUAUACUCUAAAAUAAUCAGAGUUAUGUAGCCGGAUGUGGGAGAAAAUGCUGAAUGUAUGAUGGUCCCAUUUUCAACAUCUACCAUGGGAGAGAGUAAACCUAAAUUAUGAUAUUUAGUAUCUAAGGUUAGAAAAUCACACCCCCAUGCUAAUAUGGGUGUUGAAAACUAGCUUACUUGGUUUUUACAAUAAUGGAAGGAAUCAGGAAACUUUAGUUAUUUAUAGUGUAAUCAUCAUUAUCUGUUUAAAGGAAGAAUUUAUUUAAAACCAGCCACCCUAUAUUCAUUAGAGUUUAUGAAUUAAAAAUAAAAAGAGAGCUUUAGGUACUUAUGCAUGUCAGUUUGCUAUUUAAAAUAUGUGACAGCAUCUGUCAUAUUAAGAGUGAAUUUGGCUGGAAUUACCAAGAUGGACAUUAUACUUUUAAAAUAAAAUUUGUAAUACGCUAUGUUAGUUCCCCUUGUCAAUUUUUUAAUAGUCAAAAGAACAUCUUAAUAAAGUCAAACAGUGACUUUUCUACAGUUUCAUUUUGAUGAAAAUUCUUUUAACACACAAAUAUCUAAAGGGUUCCAAAGCCUCUCAUUCAAACUUGGUCUUUGUAAUGAUGUUAUUGCCAUGUACUAUAACCAUAAGAUGACCAUUUUUAAUGUUGUUAUACAAAAGGGCAUGAAAAACUAAAUGCUAGCUCUUCUUUGAUUUCAAAUAUCUAAGAAUUUCUAGUAUGGUUGGAUUUUAGCUUAUAUUCAAAGCUAAUCCAAAUACAACUCUGGUUUGUGGCCUUUGCUCUUUUUUGUACCAAAGAGCUCAAAUGAUUUCUAUGGUCUCUUUCUUCUUUAAAGCGCUGUGCUUCCUCCAGCACAAGACAUUUUUCUAAGAGUAAGUGCAAGUCAACUGGGAAGCUGCAUUAACUUGCCAGGCCCUCAGAUAUCCCAUGGUACAACUGGUUAGUAGUAAAACUGGGGAAGUUUAAUUACUGAAGGACCGAUCUGUGUGUAUGGCAUUUAUUGUUUUGAGGAAAGUAGGCAUAGAUUAACAUGACUUAUAUGUGUAGGUAGUGUAUAGAUUGAGAAGACUGAUAGUCUCAGGCUAGUCAUUUGGUUUCUUUAUCCAGUGAUUUCAGUUUAUGUGGGUAUAUGGAAAUGCUGUUUUCUGAGUUUGAGAGUACAAGAAAUACAUUUUUGUUCUCAAAGCUAGUAGUUUGGUUUAACACUCAAGAAAAAGGUCUUAAUUAAUAAACUUAGGAAGUUAUGAAAUCUGUCAUGGUUGGGGAGGAGAGAUGUGUCCUGCCUAUUAAAUGUAUUGGUUCACUGAGAGUUAAAUGGAUUGGCAGUUUAUAAAACACUGAACUCCAGUAAAGUGCAUGAAAAAUAGAAAAGUGCUGAACAUCAUUUGGGAUGUUAGCUGCUUGGACAUUUAAUUAUAUCAUACCUGGUUUGGAAUAGAAAUAUACAUAUAUCUUUGCUUAUUUGAUCCCACACUUGUUCUGAAUAUCCUUUGUCGUAAGUUAUAGAAAACUCACUACUGAGAUAAUGAACCAUGAAAUCGCCUUCUAAAUUGGUGCCAUAUGUCCAAUAGUUCUUUUCUACAAUGUUUCAAAAUUGCCUUGUAAUUAGAGUGAUCUCAAAAGUCUGUAGAUUCUAAAGUAUACUGAGAGCUUUGCACCUCUUGGGUCAAGAUGAAAUCUAUAACAAACCUGUCUCACUGGUAGGUGGGGCCUGCCUAGUAAUCCUAAGUAUUCUUGGAAAACCUAUGAUAAUGUAAGGUGCUUACCACACAGCCACUUUUAAUGAGUCAGAGGCAAAUUGAUUUUGUAACACAAUAAUAGACUAAGUAACCUAUCUUCAUACAAAAUGAAAAUAUGAGAAAGGAUGUGUCCAUAAUGAAGUAUUUGCUUUUAGUAAGAAUAAAACACAUUUUACUUGGAGAAGUUUUAUAGUCUAUUUUAGCACUCUAACUCAACUAAAGCUAUAAAUGAACAGAAAAAUCCAUUCUGAAAUCAUGAUUGUUUCCUAAAGUGUUUCUCCAGCUAGGUUUAGGUGUUAACAUUUGACUCUAAUAUGGGGCAUUUAGCCAUUCCAUAUCUGUUCUUCAAGAAAUACAUUCUUCAAAAAGACAGUUUGACAGAGUGAGAAUGGAUGUUGGGAAAAUUGUCAGAAGCUCUACUCUGCCAUUAAGUCAUAUGGCAGAUCACCUCUCCUCUUAGAGUCUCAAUUAUUUAUUUAUGAUAAAUUCGGGGUGAGCCUUUUCUGCUAUGUGACUGACAAUGCAGAUUAAAAUGCAGCACAACAGAAACUGUCCCAUACAAACUAUCCAACUCCAUUCUCUAUGAGUAAGCAUUUUAACCAUAAAAAAUUUAUGCUGUUUUUGUUCCUAAUGUAAAUAGGUUCCAUUAGUAAAAGUGAAAUUCAGUUGCAAGUAGGGAGAAUUAAAUAACCAUAUAUACAAGAGAUGGCUUUUAUCCUGCUUAAAUACACAUUUUGGAUCACCUCCGAAGAAAGAAAAUUAGUAGUGUAUCUUAGUCUGUAAGAUAUACUUUAAGAUGUGCGUGACAUUUGGAAAUGCACCAAAAUAAACAUUGGAAUGUUCUCAUUUUAUUGAAAGCUAAGAACAGGAGCUGUAAGAUACUCAUACAGUUUUUGAAUGCCAAAAGAUAUUUUGCAACCAAUUCACAAAAGGAUAAUCCAGAAAAUAAAUUUUGAAAAGUGGAAAGUGGGACAAGAAUUUAAAGGAAGCCAGCUUAUUUUGUUUGAACUGAUACUAUUUUAAAUUUAGUUUUAAAAUAUAUCCAUUCAGGUUAAAAUUCAGUCACACAGUUUAUGGUGUUGCUGCCUCCCACCAACUAGUCUUUUGAAAUGACUUUGUAAAGAUAAAACAAUAGUACUGUCAUUUCAUAAGAAGAUGUUGUAUUAAAAACAAUCCAUGUUAAAAUUUACAUUUAUGAUCCUAAAAUGUUUGCUAAGCAUUGUAAUGUAUAACUGACAUCUCCAACUACAUUCUUUUAAUGUUCCUAAACAUAUAAUUAAGAUGAGAAUUGUUUGAGCUCAAAACUAUGAUAUUUUCAUUUACUUGAAUUUUGAGAUGCAAGACUCAAUAUAAUUUUUCAAACAAAGUAGCCCUUUCUCUGGUAUUCUAAGCAUCAAAGCAUGGUUAACAUGUCCACUUGCCACUGUUUUUUAAACCAAUGGACUUGAAAAGUAUUCAGACAUUUAGAUGGAUGCACAGAUAUAAUGCUAGUUCAGUCAUAGAUCAGAGUUUGCAUAUUGUAAUAUAAAUGUAUGUCAACACUAUUCUAAAUAGUUUUAUUAUGGCUGAAGUUUAAUUAAAUAAAAAAGGUUGUAAAAUGUGAUGUGUAUGUGUAUAUACUGUAUGUGUACUUUUUAAAAUAGGUAUAUGUCCUGA